AUGUUGAACAGUCGAGUUUUCACCUCUCCUUCUUUGCUUUACCGUUCGUUUCCCAAGGUUUUGUUACUCAGAAGUGCAAGUUCGGGCUCCAACGGAAAUAGUAAUGAUACAAAUGUGUCAUCAUCGUCCUUGGUUGAAGAUCAGAAGCACCCUACUGAAGGAACUGAACGCAAAACCGAAUCUGCAGGUUUUGUAUCCCAAGAGGUCAAGAAACAAGAGAAUGCUUUAGAUUCGAAAGAGUUGCCAAGUGAAGUCGUCCAAAGUGGGAAAAGCGGUAGUUUAAGGGCAUCUUCUUUGCGGGAGAAUCUUAAAAACUUAGGCUCAAAGCCUAACUUGGAGAGUGUUGAAAAGUUGAUUAUAGGAGAAAAAUUGGAAAAAGAUGUGGACACCAAGGAACAAAGAGAGCCCCCAGAAAUAAUUGAUCCUCGUCUAAAAACGCUGGGAAAGAAUUUUCCCCAUGGAGGAGUGGGGGAUAAGAAGUACAACAAGAUUGUUCAGGAGUUAGCAGGUGAGGAGGCCGAGUGGAAGCUGAAGUCUGGUGGCUCAUCCAGUCUCUUGGAUUCAUUGAAGUCUGUGGAAGGAAUUGGGAAUGGUGACAUGAAGAGUUACCUAGAGAAGUCUAUAGAAGAGACAAGGAGUAGAAAAAGAAAAAAGUUUGGAGAAACUUUGUUGUCUAGCAAAAGUAAGUCCCUGCCUCAGAAAUCAGAAAGAAAAUGGGUUGAAAGAAAUCUUGAAGAUUUAGAGAAAAGUCUAAGCAAGCCAGAGCUAUCACAAGGUAAAUCUGACCCUGAGCUGAAUAAUAAAAUCAAAGAUAUCCUCUCAGAGUUGAAAGUUGCACCAAAGCAACUAGGAACAGCAAAAACCAUUGUUGCUGCUGUGGAGAAUUGGGGUAAGACAUCAUUUAACCUUUCACAGAAUAUCAUGGAUGAGUACAAUGAGCAAACUGAGGAGUCACAGACUAAGUUAGCAGAGUAUUCUCUCAAGGAAGGAAACAGACUUGGCCUCUUUGACGGCAUUCUUAAUGAUGCAAAGGCCAAAAAUCUGAAGAUCCACCAGGGCACAAAUACCUUUCUGAUGCAAUCUGAUCUUUUGGAAGAAGCAGAUAAGAUCCAUCAGAUUGGGGUGUAUCAAAAUGCUUUUAGAGAUGAAAUCAGUCUUUCUGAUAGACUUUGGCGGUAUCCAGUGGAUAAUGAAGUUUGUAAGGUUCAAGAGGAGGGAGUUAGUUUUGAGGAACAUGUAUUCCUGGAAUACCUAUUGGAUGACUUUCCAAGUAAAGGACCAGUGCGUCGUUUCAUGGAGCUGGUCAUCAAUGGAUUGCAGAAAAACCCUCACUUGACUGUGGAAAUGAAAAAGGAACGUGUUGGAUGGUUUAAGAAUUAUUUUUCAGAUUUUUCUGAAGAGGAACUUAAUUUUUGA